AGGUGUACUGUUCAUCUUCGUAUUCAGAUUUACGCCAUGAAUCCCAUCUGUAGAUACGACGAAUCGAUGUUUUAAGCAGACUGGUACGCAGUUUAAGCUUUUGAGAAAGGGACGCUAUAGAAAAAUCAUGGAAGGUACUUGCGCGAGGUGUUUUGACGGAGUAGCCAGUUUCUUUCAGGCCUCGCCGAAAGCAAAGGAUCCAGAGUACCUACCCAUGGUUGCGGUGGGUGCACACAUGCGCGGCCUUCCGUUGAAUUGGCAACUACAAGACCGCAGGGCGGUGUUUGUGAAAGAGGCACAGACGGCCAAAAAGUAUCAGCUGUAUGCGUUUGAAAGUGAGAAGAAGCCAGGUCUGAUCCAGGUGAAUCCGUCCGAGAAGGAGGCCGCGCAGCUAACCGUCGAGGUCUGGAAUGUUCCCGUCGCAGAAGCGGGUCGGUUCCUCGCCAUGGUCCCGCCGCCGCUUAGUAUUGGUCACAUCAUAUCCCACAGGAGAAAGCCCCUAGCAGGUCACAUUUGUGAAGAUGCAAAAAUAAACACGCAAAAAAAUGAAAAUCUGCUUCUGCAAAGGCAGUGCGUAUAUGAACAAGCACACUAUAGGCGCACCGCCCGUGGCAGAUUUUUCGGUCGACUUUUUUUGCCGUACCGGUGUGGUCUGCUAGCUUUUUUCUGUAUGAUGCAUCGAGCUCGAGACCGGAGAAAUUCUUCAUGGGUUUCGCACCGACGAGUACAACGUGAUCGCAAAAAAGGCUCGCCACAUCUCUCACUUCGGCGGCUGGCGGAAUUACUUGAAGAGUCUAGUUUAGUAAGUUGCGGAUCUGUAAGGUAUUCAACAUCGAUUUCUCGGAUAUGUCCAACUGAACUUGCGCUGCGAAGAUAAAUAGUCCGUCGUAGUGGAGGCAAAUUGCAUGCAGACAAAGGGCAUGAUGGAUCGUAUGUUUUCAUCUGUUGUUGCAGGCUAUCGAAACUGAUGGUGAUAGAUGAUGCUAGUCAUCUUGAUCCUCGCUCAUGAAACAGCAAUGCAUCUGCUUAUUGUAACCGUGGGAUUGUAGUGUAUCGAGUCGCGCCUGAAUCAACGUUGGCAAUCGGUCUGUACGGGAGGGAUGAGCUUCUUCAUCGAUGCUGGUGCGUUCAGCCUCGAGUCCAUGUUGUCAUGGUCGGGUUUCCCAACACGUCACAACUUCCAGGUAGACGGUUUUGUCCUGAAUAAACAGCAAAAAAGAAUCGGGGCGAAAACAGAAAAGGGCUCGACGGUCUGCGAUCACGUUGGGUGAUUUUCAUCAUUGAAUAGGCUUCAGUUUAAGUUGUACAGCCAGCGAAGAAAUUGAAGUGUCGGUUCGAGAGUAAGGGUGCGUCUACCUCUACUUCACGGUCGGCUCUUGAUGGAUGCCCACCGGCGAUUUAUUGCAGCAAAAAACGCGUCAAGUAAGAGAUCUUUUACUUUUUUGCAGCAAAAAUCUUCCAAAGUAGUAGUUACAUUUUCCUCGUCGACCAUCUUCGCAAGCUUCGUAUACUUUUGACGGAGACGGAUACCACCUUUUCGCGAUCUACGCGUCUCUAGCGUGCUUGAAAGCGCCCUUUUAGCAAGGUGAUCAAUGGCCAUCGAUGCUCUACCUCGAGAGGUCUACGUUUCUCAAUCGAUCUUCAUAAGCGCCGGUACAAAGCAACGAUUUGGGAAUUCGAUUUGGAGUUUUCAU